AUGUAUGCGGUUCUUGCUCUUAGUGGACCCGAUAUCGGCAACAACCACAAAGCAGGACGGGCAGCGAAUAUCCUCGAUCUGUACUCUUUAAUGUGCUUUUUGCUCAAAGUCGAUCCCGCUCCAAACAAUGGUUCACUCCAUAGGAUUGCAUCUAAUUUUUAUCUUAAAAAUUAUGGGUACGAGUACAUCAAUGGAAUUCUAAUUGUGGCAAUACCGUUGAUUGGAUUAACAUUAAUCGUCAUAUUAUGCAUCAUUGUCCGAUGUGUGCUGUACCAGCGAUCGGAACAGAAGAAGCGCUUGAAAGAGGAGUCACAUGGCAUCGUGAAGGAUGGUGGCGAUGCGACACUGCACUGCACUUUCGACGUCGACGAAUCUUGA